UGGUAUUUCCGCACCACGUUUAUCACUCGGCAAUACGAAGCCCAGCCCACCUAUUCCUCUUUACUUUUAUGACCCUCACUGCAAAACAUUACGUACUGUUCUUUCACCCUGACAGUGGCAACAACAGGAGCCAGACCCGUGUCUUCCACCGUCUAACCUUCAGAGGAUGUGAUGCAAUGGUUCAAUUACCAUAAUGUAGGCUGAUAUCAUAGCUUGGAGCCUCAGCCUAUCAGCGCGCUCCGCUCUCACCACCUGCUACGCACCGAAUUCCAUCAUUCCAAGCAUUCCUCCUCCUUCUCGCACUCCACUUCUUCCAAGUCUCCCUUGUUUUUGCCACCGACCUGAUCACAACUAGGACUACUGCUACUGCUACUGUCCUUGCCAGAUCGGGAUUAUCUUAUUUAUCCGUGGAAUUUGAUCAGAAGUUGUUUUUUGUUUUCUUGGAUAUAUUUCUUGCUUCCUGCUUUUGUUUACGGAUACGAACGCACACUGGAAGAUACCAAAGUGGCGCUUGUAGGAGGUAUCCAAGUAUGGAGACACCACUGGAUGUUCUGUCGAGAGCCGCCUCAUUUGUUCAUGCAAAUGAAGAAGAAAGUGAAGGAGCGUUGAGAGCGGACCCCAGACUCCAGGCUCUGUCCCUGUCCUCCACCUCCUCCAUCUCAAACCACCGCACGGGGCCUCCUCCCAUCAGCCCCACUAAGAGGAAACUGAGCGGUGACCAUGGCGACAGCGACAUUGAUGACAAUGAGCACGUGGCCAAGAUGAGCCGACUGUUCGCCGCACAACUGAAGCCUAACGGAGAUUACCGCAGCUCUAAGGACAGCCGCAGCCGGAGCCCUCCUGAGCGUCUGGUGAUGCCCCCCGCCCUGUCAGUGCACUCCAACCACCUGUACGCCCCCCACCCUCACCCCCACCACCUGCCCCUGUCGGCCCCCCUGUCGGCCCUGAGUCUGGAGCAGCCCCUGGCCCUCACCAAGAACAACCACGAGAACAGCCGCGCCAGCAACGUGGUUCCACACACCGUCGUCGAACGCCAACAAAAUCGUCCGUCAGUGAUAACAUGUGCCCCAGCGAACAACCGAAACUGUAACCUGUCCCACUGUCCCGUCUCCCACAACGGCUGCUCCAACCUCAGCAACAACUUCAGGAGAAUCAACACGAACACCGUGUGCGACCCUGUCAUUGAGGAGCAUUUCCGCCGCAGUCUCGGCAAGAACUACAAAGAACCAGAACCCACCACGGCAACCAACACGGUCUCCAUCACCGGCUCCGUGGACGACCACUUCGCCAAAGCACUCGGAGACACCUGGCUCCAGAUCAAGAACAAGAGCAGCCCCUCCUCCUCCGGAAGCAGCCCUAACUCCUCCCCCGACACCCACUCAGCCAAUCACAACCACUCUCCCUCGGUCGUUUCAUGAAGUGGGCGGGUUCUUCGGUUCAGCUCAACCAAUCAGCAUCAAAGCUCCUCCACUGGUCCGCUAACUGCCGCAAAACCCUUCAAAACAGCAUCAAGCCAGCAAUAACUGAACUGAACGACAGAGGACUCUUGUAGUUUGUCGACUGGACUGAUGGGGGCGACUGGUUGCUCCUUGGAUUUGUUCACCGCAUGUUCACGCUUGGAGCUGAGCAAGUCUGUAGUUAUGUACAUACGAGAGAUACAGUGGUGUUUUAAUUAUUAAUUUCUUUACUUUAUUUUAUUGGUUUUUAUUUUAACGGUAGUUUUGUGUUCUGCCUCUGUGUCACGAGAUGCCUGAAGUUUGAAAAAAGACAUAUUACGGAACCAUAUCGCACCAUUCGCCAUCAGCAAAGACAAGAAAUCCAAAUAUUAUUUUCUGGCAUUUCCUCCUAAAUGAAACCACAAUACGACCAUUGCAUUAACAACUUGCGUAUUUUUAGCAACUGAAUUUGAGGUGUGUUUUACCACUAUUAUGAUUGAUACAGUUGUAGUCUGGUACUGCAACGCCCUACACAAACGCAACAACUUUCUGGAUAUUUAAGAAUUCGCUGCCAUGUUGGACAUUUUGUUAGACAUGGUAUUAUGAUAUUGUGCUUCUGCUCCAUAUCAAGUGAUGUUGUUAAAUUUGAAACUUAGAUUUUGACAAUAUUCCCUCCAAUUUUCAUGUACGGACAGAUACUAAAAAUGUUAAAAAUACAGCAGAUACCAGAAAAUUCCAUCUCUUCAAAAUGACUAAAAUGAGAUUCUUACACUAGGCUCAUCCAAUAUCAGGCAACUCCAAUCACCUUGCGGUUUCUCAAUUGAGGCAUAUCUCAUUUAUACUUUUCUGUUUUGUUUUUUGUUUUGUUUUUCAUGCGUUUGUCUCACUGUCCUACAACGUUUGAAGGGUUCCUGAUGCUUACACCUGCAUGGUUUUAUUUUUAGUUGAAAUAGCUGGUAUCUAUUAGUGUUUUGACGCAUUUCAAGAUAAUUAUUAUUCGCUUUUUCAUUCGGACGUUAGUUACUCAUGUUGUUUCAGUAACAAGACACUAUUCAUUCACUGCUGGGUCAGUCGUACUCAUAUUAUUAUUAUGUUAAUAUUACAUUUGUAUGUUGUUUUCAUUAAUAUCAAUAGGCUAACUGACUUCUCUAGUAGACAGCCUCUGGACAGGCUCUCAUCAAUGUUGCUAAUCUCAAAUCUAUCACUGAACGGAGUUUGAGCUGCAGUCAAUCUUAAAAGAUGUUGAUCCAUCGUUGGUACAAACCGCUAACCCCUUUAGCAUCUGAAGUUACAGAAUACAUUGCAUUGUAACACUGAGGAGCAGGAUCAUGCAGUGUUUAGAAUUGCAAAGCACUUGUCUAAUGAAUUGGAUUCUUAGAUGUUCAGUUGUUUGUGCCUAGACUUGGUUAGACUAUUACUUCUUCAACCCCAAAUCUUCAGAGCCUGUGCCCAAGUGAAAGAUGUUCCUCCAAAAGGGAAGCAUACGGGCUUCUUCAGUGCACACACAGUUGAAAUGGUUGGACGAUGUGCACACACAGUGUAAUGCUUUGGACGAGUGUAGUUGUGUACUAUGGGCUUCACUGCAGCUGUGGAUUAGGAGGUGCAUUUGUCAGAUCCAUUUCUGUUGAGUGAGUUUGGUGUUGGUGCGUCCACACAUUCCACCCCUCACCUCUCUGAGUCAAACAGGAGCCCUGCUAAAGAUGACUAAAACUCAGAGACUUUCGACCUGUGUUUAUGGAGGUGGGACUGAGCUGGAGGAGCUGAGCUUCUUCAGUGUUUGUUAGUGCUAAAGUUGGUGGAGGAUGGCUCUCCUGGUGGAUUUGGCCCUGGUUGGGACUGUACUGGUGUUGUGCAUAAACACAGGGAAAGCUGUUGGUGUCCAGAGGAUAUUGUGUUUCUAUUCUUAUUCUUUGAUCAUUUCACUACCGCCUGUAGGUAGUCGACUCUUUGCUUCGGCACACUCCCUACCCUCAGUAGGAGAAUCACUUAAUUAAGACUUUUUAUAAUAGCUAACUAUAAGACCAUCAUUACGCUGUGCGUAACGAAUGUACAGAGAAAGAAUCGUAGGUAUUUUUUGAGGAACAAUUAAUUUGUUAAUGAUAUGUAGCUAUUUAAUUGUUGUUUUCCUGUCCUAUAUUGUAAUCAUUGCAUUUCUCUUGUGAAAAAGUUGAUCUUUUUUGUUUCUAGAUUUGUGUUGUUAGAGUAAGGUUCAAGUGCAGGAACACAGUAAAUGUAUGAAACCACGUUCAGUCUGUGCUGUGGCCGACAAUCGCUACUUCCAUAAAACUCCACUUUCCUUUAUCCGUCUGUGUGGAUCAUCAUCUGUAGUGACCGGAGUCGGAGCAAUAAACUGUGUUUGAGUUUCUGAUGAAACACUGUGAUUUGAAGAGGACUUUUAUCAGAACAUUCAACAGGUCGGACUCUUCUUCAGAAAACCUCUGAGCGAUGGAACAGUCAAACAAAUGUUGUGCAUGGGGCUGUAAUGAUCAAAUCUGAUUUUGUACUUUGUUAUUGGGGGAUUUUUAUAGAUACGAGAAGAUUGUCUCAGUCUUCUGAAGUGGAAGUAGCCUGUACUGUGGUAGUAAUACUCUGAACUGUUAACACUUGUACCAGUUUGUGGCUGUGUCUCCUGAGAAAAGGUUUUGGCAGGCCACCCUUUUGUACGUAAAGUAGCCUUGAUGAACAAUAAAGUGCUUUUAAACCACA